AUGUCUCAAGGAACUAAAUUUCGUAUGAGUUUGGGUUUACCAGUCGGUGCCGUUAUGAAUUGUGCUGAUAACUCAGGUGCUAGAAACUUAUAUAUCUUAUCCGUUAAAGGAUUCGGUGCCAGAUUAAACAGAUUACCAGCUGCUUCCCCAGGUGAUAUGGUUAUGGCUACUGUUAAAAAAGGUAAACCAGAAUUAAGAAAGAAAGUUAUGCCAGCUGUAGUAAUCAGACAAUCAAGACCAUGGAGAAGAAAAGAUGGUGUUUACUUAUACUUCGAAGAUAAUGCCGGUGUUAUUGUUAAUCCAAAAGGUGAAAUGAAAGGUUCAGCUAUCACUGGUCCAGUUGCCAAAGAAUGUGCUGAUUUAUGGCCAAGAAUUGCUUCUAACUCAGGUGUUGUCGCUUAG